UUUAGACUAUCCCAAGAUUGCCCUCCAUAGAACCUCCGUCUGAGAGCUUCCACCACUACGGUUGCUCUCUUUUUCUCCAUCAUCACAGUUUCUAAGAUUCUUUUUCAGAUCUGUUUACAGUUCAGGAUUGGAUAAUCCGGAAUAUACAAAAAAGAAUACACUUUCCGGAUUUAUUAUUCCGAAUUAUGCAUACGUGGUGGCUUUUCUUGACGCACUCUUUAAAGAGGUGAUAUGCGAUGGACCCAGGGGUGAGUUUUGUAUUUUGUGAAACGGUUGCAGUUUUAAAAAAAUGGAGCAGUUACCGGCGAACCGGGGCGAAGCAAAACCGUUGGCGGCGCCGCCGCAAGUCCUUCACCAGAGCGACGUGGACGACGAUGACGAGAACGUGAAUCAGCUCGAUGAAUGCUCUUCUCUCUAUCGCUUGAUGCAGGAUUGCGUUGUUCGAACAAACAGGAAUUGGAAAGAAUGCCAACCAGAGGUAUACGCUUUGAGGGAAUGUUUUGAAAAGAGAAAGAACAAGGAAAGUAGAAUUUUGCAGAGGUGGAACUUUUUUUAGUUGGCAAUAAGGUUAUCCUCUGUGCUUCCUAGUUAUUCUUGGUGGUUACUGUACAGACACUUCCUCCUAAAAUGAAUGUUUUUGGAGUAUAGUUCAAUUGAAGGUGAUUGAGAUUGAUCUUGGGGACAGGGAACUUUUAUAUACAGAGAUCUAUAAUAAGCAGUGUUUUCUGAUUGGAAAUACCAAAUACGUGUUUUGAGGUGAGAGCAGUCACCCCCCCUUAACUUGCUUUUACUUCGUAAAAUCAUUCAUUCAUUUGGAUUGUGUAUUUUUUUCUGUUGAUGAUAAUGUGUUAUAUGAAUGAUAUCUCGUCAAACACUUGCAAUUUGGUACCUGAUCUUGAUCUAGUUUUAUGUGUUUAUUUUGCAUGAGGCUGUUUGAAGCAAUGGUACAGUGAAAUUAUCAUUUUUGUGCAAGGAGAAGGGUGUUUUUACUUUAAAAUAGCUUUAGAAUAAUUAGAAGACUUGAUAAAAUAGCCUUAUUAUAGCCAGAUUUGAAGGAUUUGAAACAAAAAAAAAAAAAAGUCCGAACUUGUAAUACUGCAAUAUGUGGUAUGGAUUGGACUUGUGGGGCACAAUUUAUGCAUCAAAAGAUUUGUCUCUUGGUGUGGAAAGCCAUUGUAGAUAAUGGUCCAAUUACCUACCACAACUAUUGCACUAAAUUAUAAAUGUCUCUGGGAAAAAUGUAAUUUAUGAUAACUAACUUAUGAUAUAAAAGAGAGAAAUAGCGUACAUGCAACACCGAUACAUUUUCAAAGAUUCAGGGACACCAUUAGAAUGUUGAAUUCAUUGAAUUUAGGAGAAAAAUGAAUUACAUCACUAUUACAUAAUGAUAACAAAUGUCAUAUACAGUAAGGGUGAGCUGGCUCUGCAAAAAACAAGAUCAACCGCCAAACUUGUUCUCUUACUGAUGCUGUUGUAACAGCAUGUGCCCUGAUAGUGUACAUGAAUGUGGCUGUAUGAACAUCAUGAGCAUGAUCACGUUUACGCGUGACUUGUGUAUCUGAAGAGACACUGACUGAACCUUCUCAUAUAAACUCCAAACACAGUAAAGAAAUUAUAGAUUUUGGGGUACCCUUUGGCGGUUGCAUAAAAUCCUAUUUGACUUGUUAGUUGUAUAUCUACGUCAGCAUGCUCAUGAAUCCCUUUUGCCACAGCCCACAGAUAACAUGUUAUAUUUCACAUGCUUUUGUAUCUUUUAACUUGGACUGAAACGAAGAUUAUCUGUAAUUACUGGUGAUAGAGUACAUGUAAAAUUUUAUAUGACCCUUGGAAGAACUAUACAAUAUAAAUAAUGAAAAUAAUUUGGCUUUUUA